CGGCAUUGACCGUGGGGGCCGGCGGCUUCGGACCUGCGGGGACCCCGCUGACGGGGCCGUGAGGGAGCUCCCGGCGGCUGCAGGCACAGGGCUGGAGCAGCAUCUCGUACAGCAUCUCGGACCUCCGGGAACCCGCCAGCAUCGUCGCAUACCCAUGAAUUUAAGGCGCUUCAUGACCGUCUAGUCUCCUCUGCUUUCAGGAUGCCACUGCUUAGCUACAGCAUAAAAGCUGCUGAUUUCACUUGCGCAAAAAUUACCUAGGACUUUGGGGAUCGUGUAAUCAGCCUUUAGCUCUGAAGGAGAAAUCAUCUACCUGGAGAUAUUUAUUUAAAAUAUUCACAGACCACCUACUUAAGGAAAUUUAAUUUUCUCAAAGCUCCAGCCUAACUAAAGCCCUCCAUAUAUAGUGUCCUGGGUGCUGACUGAGGAGUCUGCUGGAUUCAUCAGUCAGGCUGUUGGUGGGGCAGAAAUCACAAGUCUUAUGCAGGAAAAGGUAGACAGAUGAUGAAUCACUUCAUGAUUCUGGCAGUACUGUUCCCCCUGAGGACGUGCCACACUACAUACUCACAGCAAGAGUCUGAUGUGUUUCCAGUAACGUACCUUAAUGUUUCCAAGGAUUUGGAUCUUCAGCGGCUGCUGGUGGAAUGGGAUGUUGUCAAGUCAGCGCAUGAUGCUGAGCUGGCAAUAUUUUUUGAGAUACAAGUUCGUCGAACCAAUGAAGUUGUGUGGACAGAGUUUCGGAAUGUCACACUUGAUAAAUUGGGAAAGCCUCUUCAUUGGACAUGGGAUUCAAACAUACCUUUGGAGUGUAUGUCACAUGCUGUGAGGAUCAGAAGCAAGGCAGGAACAUCAAAAAUCUGGAGUCAGUGGAGUUUGUGGGAGACUCUCCCAGGCCUGGACACUUCAAACAGAAGUGGGCCACAAAUCUUUCCAAAAGAAAAAGUUUUAGCAGAAGGCUCUAAUAUCACUCUUUGCUGCAUUGGAGGAAAAGGUCAAACCAUUAAGGAAUUCUCUGUAUACCCAACUGUUGAUGUUGUCAAGCGCACAAAGAGUCAAGUCAGACUUCUCACUGUGGGAAAUCUGUCACAUGACAAAGGGUCUAACAUUCAUGUCUACUGCUCUGAUGAGGAUAAGGGGUCACAUGAAGCAGCAUUCUUUGUGGGUAAACCACCUGAUACACCUAAGAAUUUUUCCUGCCAAACCCAAGACAUGAAAAGAGUAACAUGUACUUGGAGAAAAGAAGAGACCUAUCUCUAUGGAAGAAAUUCACCACAAUACACCUUGUCUAAAACGUCAUCCCAGAAAAUGGCUCUGUGCGAAGCAAGUUGUCCUGAGCAGUGCUCAUGCUCUUGGGAUAUAGGCCAGCAGCGGAUCUGGAAUGUCACAGUGACUGUGGAAAACCCACUGGGAAAGAAAUCUGCCACUGAUGUUUUUGAUGUAAAACACAGAGUGUAUCCCACUGCACCUUUCCAGGUUUGGGAAGAUUGCAGAGAUACAGAAAUGACAUUACACUGGAAUUACAAAAACACUGACAUUGAACUCUUUUGUCAGACUGAAGUGGUCCAACCUGAUGGCAAAGUAGAACUGCACAACAGCUCCGUGGCGGACUCUCGGCGCGUCACGGUGCGCGGGCUGCGGCCGCACACGGAGUACACGGCCAGGGUGCGCUGCGCGGCGGCCAGGCACUUCUGGAGGUGGAGUGAGUGGAGCCAACCCCUGACCGCCAGAACAAAGGAAGGAGCUCCAUCAGGGAAACUGGACAUAUGGAGAGAAAUUACACCAGUUUUUGGGGGACGAAAUGUGACCUUGUUCUGGAAGCAAACACCAAGUUUUCAAGCAAAUGGAAAAAUUAUUUCAUAUGAAGUGACCUGGGAAAAAAUAGAAGAUGGCUCCCAGCCUGAAAGCAUCUCUUUUUCUUCAGUCUACAAUAGCACAAGGAUUUUCCUUGAUAACCAUUCCUACAGAAUCAGUGUCAUGGCAAAGAACAAUGUUAAUUUUUCACUUCCUUCAAUAUUGAUCAUCUCUAGAGCUACAGAUAACAGCACUGAAGAGCUUAAGGAAGGACAGGUUAAUGGUACAGAUGAUGGCAUUUUUCUGUCCUGGGAGCCCAGAAGUAUAUAUGACAGUUACAUUAUUGAUUGGUGUAACUUUCCCAGGUUGCAGCCUUGUGAUUUGCAGUGGAAGAGGUUUGGACCCAACAUUUCCAGUGCUGUGAUCAGCUCAGCUGCUUUUGUGCCAGGGGUGAGAUAUAAAUUCCACGUCUAUGGAUCUGUUGCUAGUAGAGCCUCAUUACUGGAAAAGAAGAUUGGUUAUCUUAAGGAGCUGCCUCCUCAUCUUGACCCUAUUGUGAGAAAAGUUGAUCUGACUUACAAUUCAGUAACACUGUCUUGGGAUUCUUAUCUCACAAAUGAGUCAGAGCCUGGUUUUGUAAGAGGCUACCAUGUUUAUGUGUCACCGAUACAAGGGAACUGCAAUUUGAAAGGAUCAAAAAAGCACAUUCUUUCAGAUGAAUCAGAACUAUGUAAAUACACAAUUGAAAACCCAGAAGAAAAGAGAUACACCGUGAAACACCUGAUGCCAAACACAAAAUACAAAAUAGUGGUUAAAGCAUUUACAGGUGGAGGAGAGACUCCCAUUGUUAACUUUAGAUACAUAGAUACACCAUAUAACUCAAACAUGCUGUACUUUAUAUUCCUGCUAGUGAUAGUUCCAACGCUAGUAGCAGCUAUUUGCCACUGGAAGAUGAAGUGGGUGAAGGAGUGGUGCUGUCCUGUAAUACCUAGUCCUAACAAGAGCAAAGUGCUGUCAUUCAAAGAGUUUAAGAUGGAUUCUGAGAAAGUACUGAAGAUAAAUGACUGCCUUCCUGACAUGCUAGCCGUGGACAGUAAUGCUGACGCUCAUAAGUUGCAUCCUGUUACCUGGAGCCCGGUAUCUUCAACACCAACUGAAGAUAACACUGAUGGUCACAAUUCUUCGUGGACUUACUCUAGUGAAAAUGUAGCAAGGGACUUUCCACCCACAGCUACACCUCAAACUCAUACUUGUUUUGAGAAUUUUGCUUAUUCUUCUCCACUUGAGGCUGAAUCUGAUCCCUACCAAAUACCAGAGACACUGGAAGCAGGCAAGAUAAACCAGGCAGUGGUGUUGUACCAACCACAAUGCUACAUAGAUAUUUUUCAUGAGAAUGCAGCCUCAGCCACCAGAGAAACAGGUGAGAGAAAGAACAGUCUGAAAUACAUCUCUCAAACAGAUGUGUGCUGGCUGGGGGGGAGGCUUUGAUGUUCUGUCCUCCAGUGAGUCCAUCCAGUGUUUGGCUACACAUUAUAAAUCAGAAUUUCUAAAGCCACAACUUACCGUGAUUAGGGCUCUCACAAGCCCACAUACCUGACUUCCAUUAAUAGCAAAGGCAAAGCUGUUGUUCCUGGACCAGUUUUGAGCACUGAUUUGCACAGGAGUUGUGUGUGUUAUGGUUCCAUUACAACUUAUGGGCAUUAGAUGAGAUUUAUAGGCUGGUUUGUGGCUUGUGUUAUGCAGCACGUUACAUCACAGCAAUCUGUCACAGGCUGAUGCAGAGAACUGCUUUAUUUUGCAGAGAUUAAACUAUUCAUAAAGUAGAGGAGCAAAUGAAACAAGGGGCAAGGUUGUGCUGCUCAAGGAGUGUAUUUCUCUUGCAGUGUUCUGUGUACUCUGGCCACCCCAGCCAGUGGGUACUGCUGGGCAUGGAGCAUUACCCAGUCAUUUUGGGGGCUGGGCUGUAUUUUCUGUCUCUCCAACAAUGUAAGGAAUCAUUGUAGAAGCAUUACCUGCACACAGUGUGGCUCAUUCCUAGAAGAUUUGAAGGAACUUUGACUUCCCCAGGAGUGCUGCCCGGAGCACCCAAAUCCACUAAUCAUCCUUUUAUUUCACUUGUGUCCUAGCUACACAUGAUGUGUGAAAGGGCACAGAAAACAGAUUUUCUUGUGGAAGACCCUUGCUUCCUUUUCUUGUAAGGGUAUUGUAUGGAAGACCUUUAUUUCCUUUUCUUCCUUCUUUUCUGGGGCUCCUCACACUUCUGCCUUCUCUGCCUAAAGACCCUUUAAAAUCAUCUUAACUAUACAUUGAAGAGAUGUAGGGAGUUAGGUGGAAAGGAGUUGGUUUUCCAGAAGGACAGAGGUGGUACCACAUGGCAAGGUCUCUGCUGGUGCACAUGAGCUGAACUUUUGGCAUUGACCCCUGCACUUCCAUAGCAAGCCCCAACCAGCCAAGCAACCAGACAUGGCGGGUGUAUGAAUCCCAUUUGUGAAGGACAUCAUAUUCAGGCUGCGUACAUCUAGAUCUCCCAACAGUACUUUUGCACUUGUUAAAAAAACAAAACCAAAAAAACAUUUAUUGUAACACUCAGAAUCCUUACAGUAGACAGCAGUGAAUUUGGCCUUUCAUUUUGAUUUCAGGAAAUUGUACAUUUGUAGUGAAGUAGCAGAGUUGGAAUUGUAGCUCAAAGUCUUGUCAUAUUUACCUCAGUGCACAAGGAACCCUUUAGUUUUACCCCCUUAUGCUGUUUGGAAUCUGUCACAAACUAAUGGUUUCAACUUAAGAGCACAGGAUAAGCAACUCUCAAAGGUGAAACAAAUGAAGGGUCUGACAAUUUGAUGUUCAGCCUUCAGCCUGUUUGCUAAAAUGCAAUUAUUUACCUUCCCUGUGUUUAAGUAGCUGAUCACACUCCUAGAAACCAAGCCAGCUGCAGACCAAGUGAGUUCUGAAACUGAACGGUAUCUAGUUUUUAUACUGUUGCUUACAGAUAGUGUUGUAAUGUCACAAGCUGUGUUGCAACAGGAAAAGCAAUGAGGCCUUGCACAGCCUGUGGGCUGAGACAAGCACUGCCUGCAGACAGAGGAGAAGGAAAAGGGGAUGUACAAAGAUACAGACACAGGGGUGGGCAGACGUGGUUGGAGGUGUUCAGGCCACACUGUGCCAUGUCCAUCCAUGUGCUGUGCACAGGUGCAGGUGGCCCACAGGCCUGAGAGGUAGAGAAGAGUUUUCAGCAUGGUCCUUCCUUCCAGCCUCCAGCAGCCAAGUAAGGAAACACGGCCAGGCACAUUCUGCUGAAGGGCAAGAGAACAGGGAGGGUGAGGGAGAAGGCUGAUUUGACAGAUACAUCACAGGGAAACUUCCUCCCUUUAUCUUAGCCUUUUCUUUGAGUAGAAAUGCAUGUGAAAGCUUGAUACCACAGUAUCUUUACAGCUUGGAACACUUGCUUCUCCAGAAUGCUUCACCACACUGUAUGUACUUGUGUAGCUUAAAAGCCUUACUGUUGGAAAAAAGGCCAGUAAAUGUAAGGGAGCUGCUUUGUCACAACCAGUAUAAAACUUCUGAACUGUACAUUUCAGAAAAAGGUGUAUUUAUUUUAAAAUGUUGAAAAGGUAUCCUAAUCAAGUAUGUACUAAGGCAGUCAGAUAUAGAUGUCAGUCAAAGAAAUCAGCGUAUCGUACAAAGCAUUUCAAAUUUUGACAUUGCUGCAGUUCCUCCUGCCAGGGGGGCAGCUGCAACCUGGCACAACUCCCAGCUGAGAAAAAGCUGCUGUCACUGAGGCCUGGCUGCAGCAAUUCCACCCAGGAGGUGAAUGGAGGGGUUUGUGGGUUCAGCCAGUCGUGCCUUCCUGAUGGUGGGUGAGCUCUCACCUCUCAAUCCCCUGGCUGCUCCCAGGGAGAUCCUCCUGCUCUGAUGAAAUUCCAUUAUCUGGACACAGUGACACACUUGACCACAUUCCAGGUCCCUGGGUGAGGGAAGGAGCAGCUGGCUCCUCUUUCCCUAUAAACCCUUCUGCUUCCUGGCUCCGAUGGGGGGUGUUUUGUGAAACCUCCUGUGCACAAAUUGUACACAAAUGGAGGAUUCCAGGAAGGAUAAUGCCUUUGUGCCAAGGGGCACAGUCUGGGCACCAGAACUGAAGAUUAGAGAAGUAUUUUGGCAUAUGUGGAGAAGUGUGUAUAAUUUUUAUGUAUUAAAACAUCUGUCUUGCAUUAAUGGUUGAAUGAGUUCAGAACUGUAAUCCUCUAUAUUUUGUUCAUAAUGCAACAUUCACAGCUGUUGUUGAAAUGCUAAUACUUAAACCAUCACAUAAUUAAACAUCAUUCUCAGUAUGUUAAAUUUUUAAAAUAAAAAUGGUGUGUGAACUAUUAAA